AUGGGAGGCCCGAACUUGGAGAUCUUCAAGUUUGCGGUAUACACCUUCUUUCCGGUGGCCGCGCUCCUCUACUACGGCGACCCAGAGUGGUACAACCGGCACGUCCUCCCCUACAAGGAGAAGAUGUUUCCGGAGGAUAAGGGCAGCCCGAAUAUCCCGACGGACCAGGGUUCGGUGAGGGAGGAGCUGGCGCGGAUACGCGCGGAGAAGAUGGCGCGGAAGAUGGAGAGGGAGAGGGCGGAGGGCGGGGAGCAGCCUGGGUCGUCUGGGAAGAUGGUUUGA